AUGGUUGAAUACGGUGUGAACGUCACGAAUAAAUUUGGAUUUUUGUCUGAUGAUGAGGUGGAUGAUCCGGAAGUGAUAUUCAGGAAGGCUGAAGCUUUGAGUAAAAAAGAGGAGAAAACCGCAAGUCAGAAAAAAGCUGAUAAGAAUGCUGCAGCAAAGAAGAAGAAGGAAAUCACUUCAGGAGCGAUGAUAACAGCUGUGGCAAAAGAAAUUGAAGUUAAGAAACAGCCGCAACUAUCAGUUGCUGGAAUGAAGAAAAAUGACUUCAACAAAGAGAACAAGGAAAAUCGUCCAGAUGGAGAGCGUGUCCGUGGAAGGGGAAGAGGUCGUGGUAGUAUGAGUCGUGGCCGUGGCUUUGUACAACAGUUUGACAAUACGCGCCCAACAUUUGAUCAGAAUGAUGAACGUGAUGUGAUGGCUGAGAGGUUCGGUGAAGGAAGGGGACGAGGACGUGGUCGUGGAAAUAGAGGAAGACCAACUUUCCGAGGUGGACGAGGUGGAGUGCGAAAUUUUGAUGGAGAUCAAGACCAUAAUAUGAUUGACUUACAACCGGAGUUGAAUGGCAACGGAAAUAUUGAUCAGUUUGGUUGCGAACGUCAAAAUUUCACGGAUUUUGGAAUGUAUCGUGGCUCAUAUCGAGGUGGACGAGGCGGAUUCCGUGGAAGCGAUCGUGAUGGUGAACGUGAACGGCCUGUAUUUCGUGGUGGACGUGGAGGACGCGGUGGGCGUCAGUUUGAGCGAAUGAGUGGAUCGGAUCGAACUGGCAUUAAAGCAUUGGAUAGAAAAGAUGGUUUUGGGAAAGGCAAUUGGGGAACUGAUCAGGAUGAAAUGAAUGGGCAAAACGAACAAAUGAAUGAUGGUACAGAAGUUGUCAUGAAGGAUGAAGAUUCUGCACCACGUGAAAAAACUCAGGAAGAACUACGUUUGGAGGCUGAAGCUGAAGCACGUGCUAAACAGCUUACUCUGGAUGAGUUCAAGGCACAAAUUGCCUCCAAGCGUUCGGAGCCUCAUUUCAAUAUACGUCAAGCUGGUGAGGGUACCAAUGAUAAGGAUUUUGGAAAACUUGUUCCUCUUAACAAACCGAUUAUGGAAGAAAAUUCUGAGGAAGAAAUCGUCGUCGUGCGUCGUGAACCUCGAACUAAGCGACUGGAUAUCGAGAUCAAUUUUACGGAUGAGCAACGUGGUGGACGUGGUGGUCGUAUAAGAGAUGGUUUUAGAGGUGGACGCGGUUCUCGUGCUGGACGAGAAAGUCGUAAUCCAAAGCAAGUGCAAACAUUUGAAGUAUCUGCUGAUGCUUUUCCUGCACUUGGAAGUCAGUAA